AUGAUAAACUUCAAACCCUUUGGCUUCCCUAUACAUGCAGCAAUUGAUGGCUUUAGUAGGAAGGUUUUGUGGUUGGAGGUAUGCAAGUCAAACAACUCUCCAAAAGAGCCAACAAAAUUGUAUUUGGAUUGUGUGAUCGAACAUGGUGGAUGUCCCUUGUUAACUCGUUCAGAUUAUGGAACACAAAAUGGUGAUAUUGCAGCCAUUCAAUGUUAUUUUCAUGAUGAUGAGAAUGCUCAUAAAUAUGGAACAUCCACUAGAAACCAAAGGAUUGAAAACUGGUGGUCACAUUUUCGUAAGUCUUGUACUGAUUGGUGGAUUAACUUUUUCAAAGAUUUACGGGAUAGCAGAUCAGUGAACUUUGAAAGCGCAUUACACAGACAGUGCUUAUGGUUCUGUUUCCAAGAUGUAAUUCAAGCAUCAUUAAACAAAAUGAAAGCAUACUGGAAUACGCAUUAUAUUAGUUCAUCUCGCCAUGAAACCACUCCAGGAGUUCCUGAUUUAUUAUUUUAUUUGCCAAAAGAUUCUGGGGGUGUUAACUGUCUUGUUAGGGUCAGUCAGGAUAAAAUUGAUGAAAUGAAAUUGCGUCACUUCGAAGACACCAAUGACGAAAGUUCAUAUCAGGAAUACUUUCAGUAUGUUAUGGAUCACGAUGGUGUCAGAUAUCCAGACAGUCCUAAGGAGGCCUUAGAUUCCUUUUGGAACUGA